UCGACUCAUACCGCGUGGUACCUUCCGACGAGUGUCCGUGUGCCAGGAGCACGCUCGUCCGCGACGCCGUCUAUAACAAACUUACAAACUCACUUUCAAACCUGUUCUGUCAACAAAAAAGCUCUGUUACAACAUAAGAUUCACUUCUAACUCUAUGAAUUCCUCACAACGAAGUGAGCCAUACGGCUUGUGAGUUCGGUAACUUUUAAAAACUUUAUAAAGUUUGUUUUUAAGCUGUCGGUGUGCAUGUGUGAGCUUAAUGUCAUGGCUGGGCGAAGUCCCCACUAAACCGGAAAACACCAGAGGCAGAUUGGCUAGGCAGUCAAUCAAAUAAUGAGUACUAAUGUUUAGACGGAGCUAUAAGGCCCGUUGCAUCCGUGUCCUCAAAUCCAGGGCGUGGAAGCGCGUGCCCAUGAAGCUUUUAAAGUGGAACAGAAAAAUGCCUUCCACCAAACAAUACAACUUGGUUCCGAACGACGAGUACGAUACAAGAAUUCCGCUACAUCCAGACGAGGCUUUCCACUAUGGGAUUACAUUUCAAGCUAAGUACAUCGGGACUAUGGAUGUACCGCGGCCUACAAGUCGUGUUGAAAUCGUAGCUGCUAUGCGUCGUGUCCGAUAUGAAUUUAAAGCAAAAGGAGUGAAGAAACGAAAAGUUACCGUGGACGUGUCUACAGAAGGUGUACGAGUCACAACUAGGAAGAAAAAGGGGAAAAAUAAAAAAAGCUCAAGUUCGAAGUUAUUUAGUCGAAGCACCAAAAACAGUAUAAGUAACGACGGUACAGAGAUAAUGCAUCAUCCGAUCUACCGUAUCUUCUAUGUGUCCCACGACAGCUCCGAUCUGAAGAUAUUCUCUUAUAUCGCCCGUGAUGGUGCCACCAAUGUUUUUAAGUGCAAUGUUUUUAAAAGCAACAGGAAGAGUCAAGCCAUGAGAAUCGUCCGUACAGUCGGUCAGGCAUUUGAAGUAUGCCACAAAAUGCAGACCAACUCCCCUGAUCAGCCGGUUCCAUCUACAUCAUCUAUUAUUGAUGACCAGACGCCUAUCGACCACGUCAGUGAUGCACCAAAUCCCAAAGAAGCGGUGUCUGAAUGUGGUGCUUCGGAGUCGUGUGCUGCAUCCACGUCGAAAGUGGCUGCAGAUGAAGGAGCAGUGGGAGGAGAAGACCAGACAAGACCUACACACUUAGACCUUCUACCACCCCCACCUAGGAAGGAUGGAAAGCGAUCUCCUCAGCGCAUGACACCAGCACCGAGUAUCAACCUACCGGAUCUUCCAGAGUGUGUGACCAAAGUAGAGCUCACUGGAAGUGCAGAGAGCACGGAAAGUACGACUUCGCUCAGCGCUCAGCACCAGUUGCAACUGCUACGAGAACGACUCGAGCAACAGGCACAACAAACGCGCGCUGCGGUCGCUCAGCUUUUGUUAUUACGGGAUCAACUCGCUGCUGAACAGGCCGCGCGGUGUGAGGCUCAGGCCCGCACUCAUCAGUUGCUCGUACACAAUAAGGAGCUAUUAGAACAUAUCGCCGCCCUAGUAGCCCACCUACAGGAGCGUGAGCGCGGUUGCUCCCGACCUAUAAGCGCUCAGCAACUCACACUUUUGCCACAGACAAAGGGGAAAGAGGACGGUGGAGUUUUGGAACCAGUGAAAAUCAACGCUUAUUCAUCAUGUAAUGGCAAUCAACAACAACUCAAUACAGAUGCCCUCGUUAAUUUAAUUGCUCAUACUAAUAAAGUAACACAAAAUGUUGAGAACAACAAUCUGACAAUGGCUUCUUACUGCUUGACUCCUACGAGGCCUCCAACAAAUGGCCCCACUUCAGCACCUAGCUUCGGUGGAAUGACCAAUGAGCAAAUACAGAACUAUUUAAUAUCAAAGUUCCAAGAUAUGGGUGGAUUUUCUAACAGCAACGCAGAAACAAAAUCAAGCAGUAGUUCCAAUCAACAAUUUUUCCAAAAUAGUAACGCUUUUCCAAACAUACCGCCUCUAACAAACCAUUACAGUAAUUCUGAUCUCGCUAGCCUUAUGAAUCACAAAGUAUACAAAGACAUAUGCAACUCCACUGAUGAAUUAGGUACGUUAGCUCAAGCGAUGAGUGUGGGACAAUCUGAAAAUUCCUUGUAUAGUAACAGUCAACCUACUACUUCUAAAGAUUCAACUCCAGACGCCUUUAGUUCAGAUGAUGGCGUACCUUUUAUAAUGCCACUAUCUCAUAAUGGAACUUUAACUGCGACUUCAGAAGACGGACGUGUAAGGUUAAUCGUACCAGUGAGUCCAUCUGAGAGUGUAUCAGAUGUAGUAGAUUUACAACCCGAGGCGCAAACGUCGUCUGGGAUGUCCCUAAAGGUACCAGAGCUACUCGCGCCGGCAGCACCAAUCACUCGAACAACUAGUGAAAAAGUUCCAAAUCGGAGUGAAAUGAUGGCAGCUAUGAGAUCGCAAUGGACGAGGCAUACGACUAAGUAGACGAAUUUCUAUAUAGGAACAAAUUCGAGUCAAGUUACCUUACCUUUCUUUGGAUGAUUUAAUUCUCAAUUGGUACCUAUGUAAAAGUAUAUUCUAAAGAAAUGUUAUAAUUUUCUUAAUGUUUCUACGAACUAAAUGUAGGUAUAUUUUAAUAUUUACAGAAUAUUUUAUAUUAUUUUAGUAUAGAGAAAAAUCCAUUUUGAAGUUUGAGACUUAAAAGAAAGUGCCAAAUUGUAAGCCAAAUCAACGUAUGAGAGACAUAAAGUUAGGCUAGAUAAUUAUAUAAUUUAUUUACAUAUCAAUGUAUUUACCUGUGUCCUACUCUAAUUCUCAUAGUAUUCUUUUCAUAUGCGUAAUAUAUAUGUAAUAUCAAACAACAUAUCUACGAUCAUAUCGAAAUUAAAAUAGGGUUUAGUUUUAUGAGCCAUAUUGUUAUGGUAUAAAACGAAAACCCAGCAAUAUUUAUGCUUUCGAUGAGCCAUAAAAAAUGUAAUAAUAAUGUAUUAUGGUAAGGAAAUGUGAUUUUCAUCGCACUUUACUCCUAGUCUUUGCGAUAAUCAUGUUUUAUGGGUAAAAGCUUAAGUAAGCUGUUUUUAUUGCUUAUUUAUUAACCCUAAAGGGGCAUAAUUUAUCUCUUUAUAUUGAACUUAUUUUGUAACAAUGAAUAAGGCUAAAAAACCUAUGUGUACUUAUAGUUUAUUUAUGAUAAUUAAAAAAAAAAAACAAUUUAAGCCUAACUUUAUAGAAGCUAUGUAGUCGUUAUCAAAUUAUGUAACAUAAAAUAUGCAUACUGUAAGACUUUUACCAAUGAAACUGAAUCUCGCACAUAAAUGCAAAAAAACAAUCUAUAUUUUAUUGAUAUUUUAAAAAUAAUUGUUACCUAUAUAAAAAAUAUCCAUAAAUGAAAGGUAUUGAAAAAAAUAUUCAUUGCAUGCUUUACAUGCUAUAGUCUAUUUAAUAAAGUCAUGGUUACAUGGACCAAUGAGGUAAAUGUCAUUUAGGUCUGAAUAUAAUGAGUGACCAUUCAUCAUAAAAACGAGUGAAAAGAUCAAGAUACUUUGAUAAUAUUGAACACAAAAUAUUAUUCUACACAAAACUAGUCAAUUUAAUGUAUAAUAAUACUGUGGUCUGAUCAAUAAAAACAUACCACCGUUGCGACACAUAUUGGAUAGUCAAAUGAAACGCAUGACAAUUUACACAAGACAUAGAAAUAAGCCAAAUAUAUUUAUUACAAUCUUUAAAUUAAUACCGUUUUAUGUUAUAUUUGAAAUAAAUGUAUUAUAUUAUGAAAUUACCAAAUGAAAAUUUUCUAUUUAUUACAAACCGGAACACUUGCACCAACCAUUAAUUCUAUAAUAUUGUACACGUAUUUGGAUAGGUGUCUAGAUUUAUCUACCAACAUAUCUAUCAACAUGGCCGCAGUACGAAGGUCAAUAAUAAACUCGUCGCCUAUUUGCCAGGUUUGUUCGGUAAAAUCUAGGAAACUUAGACGGUAGCUUAUAUUUAAUUAAAAUUGUACCAGAAGAAAUAAUAAUUUAUAUGAAAGAGUACAUUUCUUAAGGUAAUUUUAAAUAAUAAACUUUUGGACUCGUACUUGCUCUAGAGAUAUGAGCAUAAGUUUUUUUAGCUCUUUAUUUAAAUAUUGGGUACAAUAGUAAAAGAUAUAAUUUAUUUAUUUAUAAUUUUUUUUAUCAUAUAUUUUUUUUUAUUCAAUGUCCUUAUUUUUAAUCCCGAAAUUCUCUGAAAAAUAAAUAGGCCAAUAUUUUCAAAAUUCUCUUUACUGACUUACUGAUAAAAUAGUAACAAAUUUUCAUAGAAUUGAGUCCGCGUGUAAAUUAUAAAGUAUAAGCUUAUUAAGUAAAACGAAGCCAACAAUAUAAAAGCAAUGGAAUCGUUUAAAAAAUGUAAUGAACGGGAUAAAAUAAAGAGCGUUCGAUGUAAAGAAAAAUAUUACACUCCGUAAUUAUCCCUCGACUGGUAGUAAAGCUCCGAAUUAUCACAGUGUCGGAUAUUUUCUUAAAAAUUUGAAGCUUUGUUAUAUGAAUUUCGUUGACCUACUUCAUUCGUGGCCGGCAUGUUUAUUAGCGAAGAGGUUAUUUUUAAUUUGUAAAAAAAAAAAAAAAACAAUCAAAUGCAAGGAAUGACUAAUUAUUUUCUAAAUAAGGCUUUUUUAUUUAUAUCAACAAAGCCGAAAUAAUUAUAAUUGAAAAAAAAAUUAACUAUCUUUCUUAUAUCUUAAAAUCUGAUUUAAUAAUCAGAAAGUAUGGAUUUUAUAAUCUCUGAAUUUUAUAACGACCCUUUAAAUAUGUACAUUUUAUGAAAAGACAAAUACAAAUCUGUUCUCGUGUCUUUAUUAAUCAAAGUAUUAUAUCCUUUACCUUAUUGUCUAUAUUGCGAACUUGUAGAUCACCGUUUUCAAAUUCUAAUUUGUAUGCACGCUAUAAUAUAAAAAUAUUUCUUAAAAAGUAUUUAAGAAUUUUAUUUUAUGUCGACAUGUAAAUAACAUAAUAAUUCGACAAUCUGUUUGACCUAUAUCUGAGGUACCGUGUGAUUAUGAUUAAAUGUUAUUUAAAAAAUGAGAGACAAAUUUUACGGAGCUUGUUCCUUCACUUUCGUUUCAAUUAUAUUAUAUAAAAAAAUAUGCUCACGGCUAUAACAAUAAUGAGGUAAUAAUCUUUAAUGAGAAGUAUUUGUUGACUGUUACCGUUGUGAUGAAUUUAACACUUGACAUAUUCGCAUUUAAUCGAGCAUAUUAGAAUCCAACAUGACACGUGCCUUCUGCUGUCACUCCAGUUUAUGUGGUUUGUAAUUGGUGUUAACCAUAACAUAACAUGACUUAAGUUAUAGAAUGUUAUUUCUGUAAUAAUAUUCUAUAUACUGACAUCUAUUAUUAUAUUAUAGAACACAAAUAAACUAAUAUGAAAUAUGAUAAAUACUUUGUGGUAUUAUUAAUACACACUUACCUAUCUAUUACAAUAUAAACCAUAAAAAAUUAAAAGUUAAAAAUAAGGGAACAAAAAAAAAUCAAUUAGAAAUAAUAUUAUUGUCAUAGUGGUUAUUUUUAUUAAUAUCUACAAGUCACUGUUUAAACAGUUGGAAACUAACUCAGACAACGCUUCUAAAUUAGAUUACUCGGCUGAAUAAAGUUGGAUAAGUAACUGGUAUUAUUUAAUUAGUUUAGAGAAUAUUAUUUUGGACAUUAUAAUAGAACAGAUAUCGUUUUAGUAAUAACUUGUUACCUACAGUAUAUUUUACAAUAAAUACCCAUAAAUAAAAAUAAUAAUGUGGCUAAUAUUCCGACAACCUUUCAUACCACAACAUCUCAGUGUUAUCAUAACAGCUAUUGGACAUGACAAAAUCACAGAAAACCCGAGCGUUACAAAGUUUUUAUGAUCAUAAUUAAUGCGAACCUAACAAUAUCCCAUUUAUAAAAAUUUAUCAAACCAUUUAACCCGUACAUUGUGUCAAUGGUUCGGACUUACAUACAUACCUGGAGAUAUAAAUACAAUUGAAAAUCAUUAUUCUUUUUUUAAAAUCAAGUAACAACUUCUGAUUUUGACAGGUAAUCAUAACGUUGUGAUUCUUGGCAGGAACGGCCUCGCAAUGGAAAAGCUUUGACCACAGCGGAUGUGGAAGUAAUAAAAAUACCGUGCCGAUAUAUUUAGAUCAAUCGAUCGGUUGCCUAUGUCGCCGCACAAUUAAUCAAAAGAACUUUGCCUUUCAGUUGCAUCUAAUGAAAUAGGCAACUAUACAAAUAUUUUUAUAUCACACCACAAAUUCCUUAUGGAUUUCCAAAAAAAAAAACAAACUCUUUUCUCGAAUAAGUUCGCUACUGUGAUUACAUUAUAUUAGUGUAAUCAUUUUAUACUCGUAUAUAAUUUCUUGAUUUCGAUUCAUUAUAUGUUAUAAAUGGAAAAUACGUAUCUACGUAUUAAUAAUUGUAUUUAUCUACUAUCUUCCAACAUAGUGUCGAAUUUAUUAUGAAUCUACAUGACCCGGUGAACUUCGUAUCACCUACAACGCCAUCUAUUAUAAAUAAUCCGAAGUAGCGAUUCCCAUACAAAAAUACCUAUUUUUGAUUUUACUACAUAUUUUUCUGCUGAACUUUAAGUUUUUACUUUGUUUCUUUCAAACUAUUUGUAUUAAUUAAUUAGCAAACAAAUAAAAAACAUACUUAAGUAAGUCAAGCCGUUUUUAAUUUGUAGCGAGACUAAUGAACAGCAACUUGUUUAUAUAAAUAUAAUAAGUUUUAUAACACCUAUCUAAUCCGUUUUCGUUAAUCGAUUAAAAAAUAUGAAUUGUUCUUUAAUGUCAGUUAUACUUAGAUAGUAUUUAUGUACAAAUGUGGUAUAAAUUUAUAAAAAUAUGUGUUAUUGAAUAUAGGAUUUUCGAAAAUCGAAUAUUAUAAUGGUGGUGAUAGUGUUCCGUAAUUAAGUUUCUAUUCAAUUAUUUUUAUUAUUGUUUAUCAUUUUAUAUCUAUGACCUAACUCUAUAUAUCCUGUCAAUUUAUCAACUGUCCAUAACAUAAUAUUUCCAUAGUUUCACUAAGAUUCAUAGCAUCUGAACAUGAAUAAAUAAUAGUUAAAUGAGAUAAUUUCUGUAGUAUUAUUUUAAUUUUUACUAUUUUAUAAAUGAAGAUAAUUACCUAAUUGAUCGUCACU